AUGGUCCGUGAAAAUAAGAAGCUAGUGGAAGAGGUGUCAGGUUGGCUAAGAGUCUUCGACGACGGCUCAGUCGACCGGAAAUGGACUGGACCUCCUGAGGUCAAGUUUAUGGUGGAGCCAGUGGCACCGCACAAUGAAUUCAUCGACGGAGUUGCCACUAAAGAUGUGAUCGUCGAUGAACCCUCUGGCCUUCGCGUACGGAUAUAUCUACCUGAGCAAAAGCCGGAGGGUCACGACGACACCAAGCUUCCCAUAAUCCUCCACUUCCAUGGGGGUGGCUUUUGCAUAAGCCAAGCUGACUGGUACAUGUACUACCACAUAUACACCAAGCUUGCUCGCGCCACAAACGCCAUUGUUGUCUCUGUCUAUCAAAGGCUAGCACCUGAGCACCGACUCCCUGCCGCCAUCGACGACGGCUACACCGCUCUCCUCUGGCUCCGGAAGUUGGCUCGGGGUGAGCAAAACGAGCCGUGGCUUCUGAGCUACGCAGACUUCAGCAGUGUGUUUCUUAUUGGAGAUAGCUCAGGAGGGAACAUAGUGCACCACGUCGCUGCUCGAGCGGGCACGGUGGAUUUGAGUCCCUUGAGGCUUGCCGGAGGGAUCCCGAUCCACCCGGGUUUCGUUCGAGCCGAGAGGAGCAAGUCUGAAUUGGAGCAGCCUGAGUCACCGUUUCUUACACUGGACAUGGUGGACAAGUUUUUGGGGUUGGCUAUUCCAGUGGGGUCCACCAAAGACCACCCCGUAACGUGUCCGAUGGGCCCCGGCGCCCCGCGGUUGGAUGGCCUGAAGCUGCCGCCGUUCCUUCUUUGCAUUGCUUCCAAGGACUUGAUCAUAGACACGGAAAUGGAGUACUUUGAGGCCAUGAAGAAGGCCAACAAGGAUGUGGAGCUUCUGAUUAACAAGGGGAUGACUCACAGCUUCUAUCUUAACAAGAUUGCAGUAGACAUGGACCCUGAAACAGCUUCCGAAACUGAGGUUCUGAUUACAAGGAUCAAUGAGUUCAUCAAGAACCACUAG